AUGCGCUCCCGCUCGCCUACGAGGAAGACAGAAUCUGGCGGCGUAUUCUUCUGGCGAAUCAAUCAGGCACAGUACAGCGGAGCCGGAGCUUGCGCCGAGAAGAUCGUGUUAUCAGUUCUGGAGAAAUUCGGACUUUGCCGAUCUAGUGAAGCAGCAGGCCGAGAGGCAGAAAUGCACAAGGCAUGCACACCAUUUCCGUACUUGCUGCUGCUUGUUGUACUGCAGGAGUUCUUCCAAGUCCAGGAAUCUGAGCCGACCUUGCUACGAAAUCCAAGACUUUUCCGGGAUCUGGGCAUUCAUUUGACGUUUGCUUUUCGCAUCGCGCUUGAUCCUGUCUCGGAUGGCUCUUUGACGUCUGAUUAUGCACAGCAGAAGACCGGUCAUGAGGCGAUUUCUGGCAACAUCAAAGCACGUUAUGAGGAUUUCGUGGUGAAGGAGAUCUCACACGAGGGUGAGAUCGUUGAGUCGAGCAGAGAAGGUAGCAUGUCUUCAGACUUCAAAGCGCUUCAAGCUGCCAGCGGGCGGCAUGCGCGCCUAGUCCUCGCGAAGGAGAACAGGGAUGUAGCCGAUGCAGUGGCCAUGCUGGCUAGGCACUUGCAAAUCGAUGCGCGGAAGGUAAGCUUCCAUGGCCUGAAGGACCGGAGAGCUGUUACGUACCAACACAUCGGUGUGCCUUGGGCACUGUUAGAUGAGAAGCGGCUGGCGUCCUGCAUGUCCUUGUCCACGUGGGACCCUGCGGUGCACAUCAGUCGCUUGGAGAGGCAGGAUGUCCAUUGCCGCAUGGGGUGGAUGCUUGGAAAUGAUUUCUGCAUCGUUGUGCGAGACGCUCAGUCCGCACAGGGCCGUGCCCGCAAAGACAAAUUCGGAGCAUUGGUUGAGGAGGCUUCCCGAAGUCUUCGCACUCUGGGCUUUGUGAAUUACUUCGGUCGCCAGCGCUUCGGGCCGUCCGCUUGCAGCCCAGCAAUCGGAAGGGCCAUAGCAUCUGGCCAUCACGAGAUGGCCUGCGAACUGCUGGUCUGCUCAAUGCGUGCUCGUCGGAACCGCGAAAUCGAGGAGUUGUUUGCGCGAGGUGAGUUCAGGAGAGCUUUGGCCGAGACUCCUGCCCGCUGUGCUGUCGAGCGGCGAAUUCUUCAGCAUCUCUGUAUUAGCCCGGCAGACUACAGCGGGGCGCUGGGCUCUCUACCUCGCCGCCAGCGCUUGCUGUUCGUGCGCUCCUUUGCUUCUUUGCUUUGGAACCAGGUGGUUUCAGCUCGACUGGCAGCGUUCGGCCAAGAGGUGUUUGCAGGAGAUCUUGUCCUGGCGAGCCGGGAAGUAGGCUUACAUAAUGUGGUAACGCAUAGAGCCAAGGGGAUGCGACCUGACGUCAGCUUGCCGGAAGUCCGAGUUGUUCGCCCUGGGGAGCAGCGUGACAUUCCUUUCUCUGACAUCGUUUUACCUGUCCCGGGCGAUCGAUGCAACUAUCCCGCUCAUCCUCCAACCAGAAGGCUUUAUGAACAGGUGCUGCAGGGCAACGACUUUCCCCACUCUGCUUCUUCAGAAGCAGAACAGUCAUACCUCGAAGGCACGUAUCGGCAUGCUGUGGUGAAGCCGCUUUCUUGCCGUGCUCGAACUAUGGUUUACGUAGAACCUUGUCGCCGACUGGUUGUAUCAGCUCUGGACCACAUCAAGGGACGUUCACUGGAACCCCAUGGCAUGUUCGAGCUAAGCCGCGACGCAAUCACCACUGCAGAUGUCAGUUCUCUUCUGACUGACGCGGGCCGAGCACAUGCCAAUGUAUCCACGGCCAUGACGAGAAGCUGCCAUGCCGGUGUAUUCGGCAGACACUGGAUUAUGAAGCCCGGGCGAGGAGGAGGAGGCCGAGGAGUUCAAGUUCUCAGCUGUGAAAGUGCAGCCGACAUUCAGCAGGCAAUUGCCAUUGUUAAGAGUUCAAGUUCGGCCAAAACACCUGUGGUGGUCAGCCAGUACGUCGAAAAGCCCUUGCUGAUAAAUGGGAAGAAGUGCGACCUGCGACUGUAUGUGCUUCUCGACCGCAGGACUGCCAAGCGGCUGACAGAGCGGCUGGCGAUCUCACAGCGACAUGCCGCAAGCACGGGACCCCAGUUCAAGUUCUUGACUUGGGGAUGGUGGUGGAUCUGGCUGUGUGAAUGCGUGCCUGGACUGAGCUGGCAUGUCCGUCUAUGCUUGCGCGAAUUCGUCUUCUGUCCUUCUGCUUUCCUGCAUCCUCCACAAAGGAGAAAUGCACAUGGGCCAUGUCUUGGAAAUUGGCGGAUGUCGGACCUUUUCGCCUGGCUUCGACGCUUGGACAAGCAUAAUGCAGCACGAGUUCGUUCGGAUCUCGCUGCCACGACCAUGUCUUUGGAAGGUGCCCACCCAGAGCCGUGGAUGCCAGAUUCCUCGGACUCGCGGCUUGCUCAUUUCCUUCUGCAAACUCUUUGCUUUCCCACCAUAUUGGGCGUGCCGCAGAGAAGGCCGUCGAUCGUGCAUGCCACGGCACAGCUGAAGCCGGAGGCCCGUGGCCAGUGCUUCGAGCUGUUUGGCUUUGACGUGCUGCUGGAUGCCGCUCAGCUGCUCGUGACUGAACGGUUGGUUGAUGACUAUGCAAUGACGUCGAAGGUGAAUGGCAUGCCCUCACUUGGGGUUGGCGGGAAGGUAGAUCUCUGCGUCGACACAGAGAUGCUAACGGCUAUGUUUGCGACCGUGUUGGACCGAGUUCCUGAAGACCGGCAAGAAGAAGGUACCGCCACCUUCGAGCUCCUCACUUCUCCCUCUGCACCGUAG